UAUAACACGCACAGCCAUUGCCUUGUGUUGAAAUUUAUAACGAAGAAAAAACACACCCAGGCAUAGACUUUGAAAGCAAAUAAAUAAAUAAACACAAUUUUAUCACCGUAAACAGUGUAAUGUUCGAGGUCUAAGAGUUUAGAUUCCCCAUCCGUCCAAGUACUAUAUUUCACAAGAUAAAAGGAUGGGGAUAGGGGGAACUAACGUCUGGAUCAGCAACGAUUGAUGAGGAAAUAAUCAUUUGCAUAUUUAUAAACCAACGCUGUACUGUAGAAGGGCGGUUUCGAUUCAUGUUUGAUGAAUAUUAACCUGUCGAAGACAUCGUUUAUAUAUUUAUUUGCCUACUGACGACGAUAAGGACUGUUUCAACAAGACGCAAACUAGUGGUUGUAGUUGGUCUUAGUCUUGGGCUUACUGUUGUAUCAGCUCACAUCGUUUAAAAUUGGCAAUCUGCAUUUUUUCUACCAAGAAAAUAAAUAAGUAUAACCACAUUAUCUGAUAACAUGGCAUCAAAUGAAGGUGCCGACCAUCCUUCCAGCUUAGUAGGCAUACAACAGGUCGAAGAUGAUGUAGAAGACCGUCUGCUGAACGUUGUGUCAGAGUGGUGGGAGGAGUACGGAAGUAUCAACACGCUAAAGAUUUUACUUCAUCAGUUUAUUCCAAAAGUGGGUAAGGCGGAACUAGAAAAAGCGACGAAUGUAAGGAGUUUAUUUAAAAUACUAAAGGGAAUCGGUGCGCUCAACAGACCAGACUAUGAGAUCGUUUUUGAGGCUGUUCAGAUUUGUGGCCUUGAAGGUGUCCAAUUAGGAAUUAAUAAAAUUGAGAGAUUUAAAUAUUUUGAAUUUGGUGAGGAUUUUAAAAUAAAGGGUUUUUUCUCUUUAUAUCAAAACUUGAUCUUAUUUGGUAAAUAUUUGGAUUUGGAGUCUAUUGGGACUAUUGGUAAAAAAAAUAACAUAGGUGAAGACGUACAUGAAAAUGAUCCAUGGCUCCUAAUAUUGGCACUAAUAAAACAGGAUAUCAUGGAAAAUAUGGCGCGUUUUAUUGAGUUAUUGAUGGAAAAUGGAAUGAGCAAGGCAGCAAAAAUAUUAGGACGUUAAUAGCAAUAACGAGAUUGCUAACGUGAUUAUAAUAAGGAAAUUUCGGAGUUUUACUAAAAUGAAAUAGACUUAUAUCAUCAUUUGUGGAUAAAACAGAUACUCUUAUCUUUUUAAAAGUAUAAUAUUUCUAACCCUAUGUUUAUACAGUGGCAACAACUUAAUCAUAAGUCCCGUUCAUAUGGAAAUUAAUAGCUGAAAGAUGCAAAAUAGGGGCUACGCCUCCUUUUUUAUUUGAAGCGUAUGCUAAACAAUUUGAAUACAUUGAAAACAAGAGUUUUUCUUUUAUAAACGAACACAUAUGAUGAGGGGAUAGCAUUUCGAAAAUCAGACCAUGGUCACAUGACCCGUUCAUUUGCAAAUUAGCUUAAAUAUGAAAAUAAAAAAGACCACGCCUCCAUGUUAUUUGAAGCAGUAUUUAAUAGUAUGCUAGACAAUCUGAACAUUUUGCAAAUAACGGUUUUCUUUUCUUUUAUAAAUGAACAUAUGUGCUGAGGGGAUAAAAUCAAAUGCAAAUUAGCUUAAAUAUUCCAAAAAUAGGGGCCACGUCCUUUUUAAAAUUUUACGCUCCACAAUAAACAGUAAGCUAUCUGAACAUAUGGUAACAAGGGAUUUUCAUUUAUAAAUGAACACGUGUUGAGUGGAUAACAUUUCACAAGUCACACCGUGGUCACAUGCCUUGUUCAUAAUAUGCAAAUUAGCUUAAAUAUGUAAAAAAAAAAAUAGAGAGCAAGCCCCUUUUAAACAGUAGACUAGAUGAUUUGAACAUUUUCAAACAAUUUUUUUUUUGUUCCUAUUAACGAUAGGAUCCUUUCCAUUCGACUUGGUGUCGCGCAACACUUUCAUGGUGGUGCGCCUGUGUGUGUGUAUGUGUGUAUGUGUUACGCUACGUAUCAAAAGUUUGUAAACAGGCAAACAUGACUUUCCAGAAAUCAGGCAGCAUGAUGAUGAUAUGAUGUCGUGACUUAUUUAUUGGUUUUUCUAUUUUGACAAAUAUUAAGACAUAACUAAGGACAGUAAAUAACCCCUACUCCCGAAAAACUACAAACCGUAUGGUAAGGCAAUUGAAUGCUGAUGAGUUUUCGGUGUCGCCUAACUGUCUAAAAUGUGAUGUAUGCGACUCUAGGGACUACCAUGGACAAAUCUUAUCUCUUAUCUCUGGAAGCCUAGCCAAAACAUUAGUACGGACAAAAAAACAUGAAAAUAUUGUCAUAAAAACUAUUUGUUUUUGGAAGUCGCGUGUUGUUGUUCAAUGGCUGAUUUGGUUGACAAAAAAAAAUCAUAAAAAAUAUUUUUUGAAAUUAACUUGCCCAUUUUGAUGUAACAUAAAAGUUUUCAACUUGAACA